AUGGCAUCCCGUUCUAUUUCUCGUAUGGGAUCUGCACUUCGUACUGCUAUCCGUUCCCCAGCCGUCGCUACUUCUGUUGUCAAUGCCUGCAGAAACAAAACAACACUUGCUAGUCGUGGAAUCAAUACCACAGCUGCUGUCUCCUGCCAAGCUCAAAAGAAGGAAUCUGUAAAGGCUACUGCUUCUGGAUCAAAAGGACGCGUUGUUGCUGUCAUUGGUGCUGUCGUUGAUGUACAAUUCGAUGAUGAACUUCCACCAAUUUUGAAUGCUCUUGAAGUUAAAGGACGUGGUUCAAAGCUUGUUCUUGAAGUUUCACAACAUCUUGGAGAUAAUGUUGUCAGAACUAUUGCUAUGGAUGGUACUGAAGGAUUAAUUCGUGGACAAGAAGUUAUUGAUACAGGAAAUCCAAUUACAAUUCCAGUUGGUCCAGAAACUUUAGGACGUAUUAUGAAUGUUAUUGGAGAACCAAUUGAUGAACGUGGACCAAUUCCAACAAAACACUUUGCACCAAUUCACGCAGAGGCUCCAGAAUUCGUUGAAAUGUCUGUUGAACAAGAAAUUCUUGUUACUGGUAUCAAAGUCGUAGAUUUAUUGGCUCCAUAUGCUAAGGGAGGUAAAAUUGGUCUUUUCGGAGGUGCUGGAGUAGGAAAAACUGUAUUGAUUAUGGAACUUAUCAAUAACGUUGCUAAAGCUCACGGAGGUUAUUCUGUAUUCGCUGGUGUUGGAGAAAGAACACGUGAAGGUAAUGAUUUAUACCAUGAAAUGAUUGAAGGAGGUGUCAUCGAUCUCAAGGGAAAGAAUUCCAAAGUAUCACUUGUCUACGGACAAAUGAAUGAACCACCAGGUGCUCGUGCUCGUGUAUGUUUAACAGGUCUUACUGUUGCUGAAUAUUUCCGUGAUCAAGAAGGACAAGAUGUACUUCUUUUCAUUGACAACAUUUUCCGUUUCACUCAAGCUGGUUCUGAAGUAUCUGCUCUUCUUGGACGUAUUCCAUCAGCUGUAGGUUACCAACCAACUCUUGCUACUGAUAUGGGUGGUAUGCAAGAACGUAUUACAACAACAAAGAAAGGAUCUAUUACAUCUGUACAAGCUAUUUAUGUACCAGCUGAUGAUUUAACUGAUCCAGCUCCAGCAACAACAUUCGCUCACUUGGAUGCUACAACUGUAUUGUCUCGUGGUAUUGCUGAAUUGGCUAUUUACCCAGCUGUCGAUCCACUUGAUUCUACAUCACGUAUUAUGGACCCAAAUAUUGUAGGAGACCGCCAUUACAACAUUGCUCGUGGUGUUCAAAAGAUUCUUCAAGAUUAUAAAUCACUUCAAGAUAUUAUUGCUAUUCUUGGUAUGGAUGAAUUGUCUGAAGAUGAUAAACUUAUUGUCUCUAGAGCCCGUAAAAUCCAAAGAUUCUUAUCACAACCAUUCCAAGUUGCUGAAGUUUUCACAGGUCAUAAAGGAAAAUUCGUUUCUCUUGAACAAACUAUUGAUGGUUUUGAAAAGAUUCUUAAGGGUGAACUUGAUCAUAUUCCAGAAGUUGCUUUUUACAUGCAAGGAAAUAUUGAUGAUGUCUACCAGAAGGCUGAAGAACUCGCCAAGCUCUAA